AUGAAUUGCAACCACUUUGUAACAGAAGAGAGUGAGAGAAAAAGAGCUCUAUCACAACUUGAAAAGCUUUACAACCUUAUUUCCAACCAUAGAGCUUCUAAAAUCACAGGAAACCAGAGUAUUUGUGAUAUAUUCUUCAUAACAUAUCCUGAACAAAGAAAAAUUACAGUUAAUACAGAGAAAAAUCAGCUGCUCAUCAUUGAAAACAUUGAAGGCAAUAUGCUAGAUGAAAUAGAUUGCUGGGAAUUAAUUGAAUCACGAAUGAUCCAGUAUAUCGAGAUUGUUAACAGUACCGAAUGGAAUGCAACUGCUGUUCUUAAUUUCUAUGUGAUACUAACAUUUGUCAUGUCAAAGUCAGCCUCAGUAGACCAAAAUUGCACAGCCAUUGCUUCACUUGCACAUCUAAAACAUGUUAUUAUUACCGAUCGCUCCACCAUCCAACUCAUUUUUCGUCAUCUUCACGCAAUAUUGCAGUCUGUUGAUGUUUUGGAAGCAUUCAUGAAAAUUUUGGGAGCAACAUGGAUAUAUGAAAUUUGUUUGAAAUUUGUUGAUUCAGAACUAGCUGAUUUAUCAUUUGAUGUGUUGGCAUUAUGUAUUAAAUAUUACCCUAACCAACAUUUACUAUUAAUACUGAGUGCCGAGAAAGUAAUGAAUAUGGUUCAAGAUUGGUUCAAUUAUUUGAGUGGCUUAAGAAAACAGGAAUAUUUAGACAUGAUAAUUAAUUCCUUGCACACGCAAACUGCAUUGAUUUUCAAAUCAUUUACUUCUCCUUCCAAAGAAUAUUUUGGAGAGUUUCCAUUAGUCAAGUUUACAUUUCAACAUAUUGACUCUGAUCUAGGAACAUUUUUUACAGAGCUACUGAACAUUUGCUUUUCAGAGCUGUUCAACCAACUCAGUUCUAAAACAGGAUAUGACACCUAUCUUGCUUUUUGCAAAUAUUUAAGCAAAGACAGUUUUGGUACCUCCAUUCGAAACUGUUUAAGAAAGCUCAUAAAUCAACCUCUAAGAUCUCAGGAGGAGUGUACUGUUUUUACACUGCUUACACAUAUUGGAAAUAUUUACGCUCAAACGCAGAACAAAACAACUACAAAACAUUUGAAAGGAAUAAUACCAAUAUUGAUCCUUGAAUUAGUAGACCAUAUGAGAAGUCAAGAUAAUACUUGUCAGGGAAAAUAUGUGACAUGUAUUUUUUCUCUUUUGCAAUGUAGAAUGAUGCCAUCUCAACAGAUUUCGAUAUUAAGCUCCGAAAUUCCAUCUUUUUGUCUGGAAUGCAUUGUCAGAGAUGGAAUAAUUUUUGACUCUCCAUUUUUAAAACUAUUGUCGUUGCUUCUAAAUAGUAACACUAAUGAUAUUUGCAAACAGAUUGCACAAACAUUGAAUGGAAAUAAGCCAGCAACCGAUAAUCAACAAGAAAUUGUUAGACAAUUAGAAUACUCUUUCUCAAAUAGAUUUAUGAAAGUUGAUAAUACUACUGAGAGUUUGCCAUAUGAGUUAGAGAAGGAGUUACUUGAACGAUGCUCGUAUGUAUUGAGGGAAGGGUUGAACAUUUCUUUGCCUAUUGAGCAUUUGGUUGAUCCAUUUAUUGAGGAAGAAACAAAAAAGAACGAGGUUGGAGAUAUGAAAGCGUCAUUGUUGAGCACAAAAUUUAAACCAACCAUAAGAAAGACAACAAAUUAUUUUUGGGAUCAUAUUUCUUCAAUAAUUAAUUAUAUUCUAAAGCAAGCCAAUCUUUACAAAGAAAGGGCGCUAGGAUUGGAUAUUCCGUAUGAAUUACUUGGAAGAAAACGAAUGAAGGUUUUGAAUUCAGUUUUAAGAGUUAUUCCAGACGACCAAUUUUAUGCAUUCAAUGUUUUUACUCAUUCGAGUUUAUCUGCGCUGUUGCAUGCAUGCCAUACUUUUUUAAACUCAAAACUUAAGGAAAAGAACUUUCAGUUCAAUCUAUUGGACGAGUCCUUGCAGCAUGUAAUUGAAUUUAUACAAAUGAUACAAAGAAAAAACUCUGCUCAAAGAUUUAUGGAGCUAUCAUAUUUCUAUAAUCAAACGUUGGCUGAUUUAUUAAGAGAUGAAAUUAUUGUGUCGAACAAUUUUCUUUCCAGUGGGAUGACUGUACAGAAUAAUCUUCUAUUGUAUCUCUACAAAAAGGUUCCUAUAAUAUUUAAUUUAGCACAAAAGAAGUUAAUAUUUUCAACCAAGACAACAAUAGACUUAUCAAAACCUAAAGAUGAAAUUAUUAUACAAAGAGAUAAGCUUCUAGAAUGUUCCAUAAAUGAGAUUAUGAAACGCAAAAAGAGUGAAAUGCAAACAAGACAAUGGAAGAUUAAAUUUAAAGAAGAAGAAACAAUAGAUAUCUUUGGAGUAAGGCGAGAAUUUAUUAUUCUACUUUGUGCUGAAAUAUGUCGUGAUUCGAUGUGGAACACUUCUGAAGACUACAAACUCUAUCCAAAUAGAGAUGCAACAGAUCGAUCUAGUUUGAUCAAGUUUGAGUUCUUUGGCCGAUUAUUGGGCAAGUGCUUGAUUGAAUCCAUGUUGGUGGAUAUACGACUCACACGAUUUGUCUACAAGAAGCUUCUCGGAAAGAAGCUGUGCUAUCAAGACAUCAUGUCCAUUGAUGCUGCUCUGUACGAAAAUAAUCUGUUGUGGAUCAGAGAUAAUGAUAUUUCUGAAUAUUUAUGCCUUAGUUUUUCAGUUGAAGAUGGAAACUCAGAAAUUGAAUUAUGCCCGAAUGGUAAAAACAUUGCUGUUACGAAUGAUAACAAACAUGAAUAUCUGGAUUUGUUGGUUGACUUUUUAUUGAAUAAGGAUAUUGAAAAACAAUUACUUGCCCUUUACAAGGGAUUCUCUGACAUUGUAGAUAUUCAACGAGUUCAGUCAUUUGAUGAAGAAGAGCUUGAAUUAAUACUCUCUGGUAAUGACCUCAUUGAUAUUGAAGAUAUGCGAAGGAACACCAAGUACACUUUUGGAUUUUCUGAAAGUGAUUCUACGAUCAUUGAUUUUUGGAACAUUAUCGAGUCUUUUUCGAACGAAAAGCAGAGAAAGCUGUUACAAUUUGUUACUGGCUCAAACAGGGUACCAUUUGAAGGUUUCUCCAAACUAUCUCCACUUCUCACCAUCCAAAAAAUUGACAAUGAUUCCAACAAACUUCCAUCUGCAAGCACUUGUUUCAAUUUAUUGAAACUUCCAGAUUAUAAGAAUUAUGACACUCUAAAAAACAAGCUUGAAAUGGUUCUCGAGGAAGGUUUAACUGGAUUUUCGUACUCUUAA